AUGAGGUUCGCGUACAUCGUCACAAUUUUCGCCGCCAGUGCGUCUGCAGCCAGUCUGCAAGCCCGGAAGAAGGGCAGAAAGGGCGCCGCCUCGGGAGCAGCUGUUGGUGCUGCUGCAGGAGCGGCCGGAGCCGCCACCGGAGCCGCCACCGGCUCAUCGAACACGGCUGCGGCAGGGGCUGUCCAGAGGGGAGACUCCACACUGGUUUUCAAGGAGGAUGGUGGCAUUCCUGGAAACGAGUGCCUGACCUUCCGCAACAAUGGCGAGAUCGUCGAUGCGGCUUGUGUGAACGAGGCAGCCGACCGACAGAUAACCCCCUCCACACUUAACGGAGCCAACGUGCUCCUCGUGCAGAGGUCUUUCACCGCCGGCUUCAGGCCCGACCUUGUCGACGUGCAGGCCUGUGUUGGCUUCAACGGCACCACCUUCCGCGCAGAGGACUGUGCCGCCAAUGGCAUCGAACUGGUCAGCUUCGACCAGGCCACGAACCAGCUGGUUGCGAGCGGUGGUGCCUGCCAGAGUGGCCAUGACGAUGCUGCUCAGCUGACGGUUGAUGAGACGGGCCAGAACUGUGCUACUCUCACCACCACCACUGUCACGCCUACGGCCCCUGAAUAG